UAUACCUAGAAUAAGGAAAACAUUCAAAUUUAUUCACGAAAUAGUAUUUUUAUCUGGGACUUAAUGGCGCAAGCGUCGUGGAGCUAAUGUAUCGUACACCAUUGUCGCCCUGUGAACUCGCGCGGCAGGAAUGUCUUGACGUCCUCAGGGAGGUUUAUAAAGAUGUUUCGUGAGGGAUGGAGUCACAUCGUUUGGAGCUGAGGAGCUGAUAAGUUCCAAGAUGUCAUCAAGGCGAAGUGGAACGUCCGUGGCCAUGGUGCUAAUCUGUGUGGCAGUUCUGUGCGUCGGCGCUGCGCGGGCGCGCUGUAAGCUACGGAAACACAUUCACAAGGCCAUGCAGACGGACUUCACUGGACGACGGUGCUGGGACGAUGUGAAGAUACAGUCCUGCUGGGGAUACUGUCUGUCUUAUGAGAUUUCAGACUGGCGCUUCCCGUACAAAGACUCGCACCACUUGGUCUGCGGCCACGAGGAGCGCAAGCACGCCUCCGUCAAACUAAGGCACUGCGACCCCGGCGUCGAGCCUGGUACUGAAAUGUAUCACUACAUCGAGGCCACCAGCUGCAAGUGCCAGGUAUGUUCAUCAGAGGACACGAGCUGCGAGUGGUUACCGCCCGACUCCAACCUGCUCGGCGGCUUGGUGCUCAAGGAGGAGAUCGAGGAAGAAGAAUAACACACCUACACGUGCAGGACCGAAUCACAUCGCAAGUUAAUAAGUACACGUACAGCUUUAAGAUAAACAGU